GAGAAGGAAAAACAAGACGAAGAGUGGGCAGCAUCUCUUCAUCUUCUCUUUCCCAAUUCUGCACAUAGCUCUGCAAAUAGCUUCUACCUUACCAACCCCUCGAAUCUCUCUCGUGAUUCAUUUUUUACCUGCAUAGACCGGCGAUUUGUUAUCUUCCCCAACCGAACUGGACCGACUUCACGGCUAUGUGUUGUAUGGUUUUCUUGGCGUGGUGGAGCCCUCCACGUGGAGCUUCUUUCAGUGCGUGGAGGCUGUUUGUGAAAAUGUCAAGCCGAGAGAAUUAUCGCAUACCGGCGGGAGAUUUCAAUCGACCUAGCUUCUUAGGAGAACUUCAAGCUUGGUGAAAAUUCAAGUGAAAGAAGUGAGCAGCUAGUCAAAUUUCAGAACAAUGUCGUACAGUCCAAGGCUUGUUUCGAGAAGUAAUUUGUGGCGCACUUUUAUCAGACACUCUUCCGUGUCAACUGUGACAGAGCUUCCCAGGAAGCUAAAGAGAUCUGAAAGGAAGCCAUGGGUGACGAGUGUGAAUGAGCUCAAGCGGAAGGCGAGACUAGAGAGGGAAGAGAAACAGUCGGCGCGGGAACAAAUCUUGCGGCCGCCUGAGAAUGGGCUAUUGGUCAAAGAAUUGAUCCCUGUUGCUCAUCAAGUUUAUGCCGCCACAGCUGAAUUGUUGAGUUGCGCCUCAAAUGUUGCAAAGACCUUAGCUUUGUAUUCCUGCAGUGUUUGUGGAGAAGUUCAUGUAGGCCAUACUCCUCACAAGAUUAGGACUUGUGACGGAGUGGGCAGCCUGAAGAACAAAGAGCACAGAUGGAUGAAGGGAGGUGUUGAACAGAUUUUGCCUCAAGUCGAAUCUUUCCAUCUGUAUGACAGACUUGGAAGAGCUGUGUCUCAUGAUGAGCAGCUCAUAGUCGACCGGAUUCCGGCAGUUGUUGAAUUGUGUGUCCAAGGUGAUGUCAACAUUCCAGAGUACCCAACAAGAAGAAGGACCUUCCCUGCCUAUAGUGUUGCUGGUAGAAUUAUAGAUUUCGAGCGCAGGUUCCCCAAGGAAGAAGACACACCAGGCAAAGACAUCAAUACUAGUGGCUUUUGGGAGAAGAGGAAAUACCCAGUUGACGUGACCGAGCCUGCAGACGCCAAAUAUGUCAACUUAGGAGAGGUUGCGAUUCGAGGAAUGGAAUCAUGGGAGGUAAUGCGAUCAGGGAUCCGGAAACUCGUAAGUGAGUAUGCUGUUCAUACUUGCGGAUAUUGCCCUGAGAUUCAAGUUGGACCCAAGGGUCACAGAGUAAGGAACUGCCAAGCUUUCAAGCACCAGAUGAGGGAUGGUCAGCAUGCAUGGCAGGAGGCUACUGUUGAUGAUUUGGCUCCCCCGGUAUAUGUAUGGCACGUUCGUGAUCUCAAUAGCCGCGAGCCUAUGGCAAAUGAUCUGCGGAGGUAUUAUGCCAUGUUGCCCGCGGUCGUGGAACUCUUCGCCCAGGCUGGUGGAAGGGUGAGCGGGGGGGAUUGCGCUAGUUUGAUGAGGGAAGACGUUGCAGUGCCUGAACUGGAAGAAAUGAAGCUAGCAGUUUAAAGAAUUGAGCUGAACCUGGCUGCGUUCUGGGUAUAUUCAGGUGGUGGAAGUGAUAGGAAGAUGGUGAUGACAAUGGUAGAGUGGGAAAUGACGAUAUCAGGAGAGACGCCAGUUGUCAUUUGGUUAUUUUUGGCUUGGUCUAUUUGUAGACCAAAUCAAAGGCUAUCCGCACAUAUAUGCCAUCAAGCGAGAAUUAAGGGCUACCGCCAUUGCCAGAGUCAUCUCCGACUUUCCCUUGCUAUUAAAUUAUCAUUCAAACAAUGGGUGAUCGAGUAAUCAGAGAUCAGGCUUCGUGAGAAGAUCAAGAUGGGAACCCCUUUCUUAAACCAGAUGAAGAAGCAAGCAUGUUCUUUCCUUCAAGACAAGUACAAAACUGCAAGGCUGGCUCUAACCGACGUUACCCCGAUAGAAUUGCUGACUGAGGAAGCAACAAACAGCGACCCAUGGGGUCCUGAUGCUAAAACCAUGACUCAAAUCGCCGUCGCUUCGUUUGGUGUCGAUGCUUAUUGGAGAAUCAUCGACAUUCUUCACAAAAGGCUGGAUACGGUAGAUUGGAAGCAAUGGAGGCAAUCCUACAAGACGUUGGUCCUUCUCGAGUUCCUAAUGACCCAUGGUCCUGAGGAACUCGCCGAAGAAUUCCACAACGACAUCGACAUCAUUGAAGACCUUGGCACAUUCCAAUUCAUUGACGACAAAGGGUUCGACUGGGGAGCCAAAAUGCACAAGAGAUCCGCCAGCAUCCUCGCCCUGCUCCGUGGCGGCGGGACCGCCCUGAGAGAAGCACGCCUCAAAGCCCUCAAGAUCUCCAAGGAAAUCCAAGGCUUCGGCAGCUCCACUCCUUCUUCCGCCGCCGCCUCUCCGACGUCUUCCGCGGCCACGCCGUCCUCCGCGGUCUCCAACGCCUCCUUCACCACCGCGGGCUCCACCUUCGAGGACAUCUGCCGCCUCGAGAACCUCGCCCUCACCACCAACGAUCUAGACGACGACGCCGCAGCGGUCGAAUUACCCGAUGACAACGUUAACAAUAAAAACAUCAACAAUGAAAGUCGUGAAGAUACUCAUAAUGGUAAUGAUCAUCCGGUGAUCAAGAAGACUCUGCGAUUGCGGAGCCACCGCUGGGAUUGCUGCGGCGACACAGUUCAGGAAAAGGGCUCCCUUUUGGACGUCGGUGGUGAUCACGACGAUCGGAAGCCGUCCGAUCAGCAAGGGCUUGUUGGCGGAUUUUGCGACAAGAUGAUGAUGAUGACCACUUCUCCCAAGAAGAACAAGGAGUACUACGGCGAGAAGAAUAAUGGUAAUUACCAUAACAACGGCAACGGGUUCAGGAGCUUUUCGGAUGUAGGCAAGUUCUUGAAGAGAAGAUACGAACGCCAAUUCUCUAUGGGGUAUUGAUGAAUUGAUUGCUACAUGCAUUCUUAACCCAGAUGAUGAUAAGGAUGGGAAAGAAAUUGAACAUUUUCAGUGUGCAAGGGUUAUAUUAUGAUCAGCCAGUAGAAAGAAGUACUCUUAGAUCAGCUGAUUUUAUGCUAUGGUGUGUAAAAUUUGUGCGAGUAGGAUAUAUAUUUACAUAUAUGACUGCCAAAACUGUUACAUACUUAAACUGGUUAGUCAAACUAGGAUGUAUUUAUAA